CGCGGGCGCCAGCGGCCGGCGAACGCCGCCCGCGCCGGAGGUUUGUCCCCGCGCGCGCUCCGUCCGCCCGCGCGGCUCCGGCGCGGCCCCGCCGCGCGGCGAUGGGCGAGACCAUGUCCAAGCGGCUGCGCCUGCACCUGGGCGCCGAGGCGGAGAUGGAGGAGCGCGCGUUCGCCAACCGCUUCCCGGACUACGAGGCCGCCGCCUCCGCCGACGCCGCCGCCUCCGCCGCGGCCGAGGACGCGGACGACGCCAGCCCCGCGCCCGCCCCCGACGGGCUCGGCCUCCCGUUUCACGACGACGGGAAGAUCAUUCCCACCUUCACAAGGCGGAUCCAGACCAAAAUCAAAGAUCUGCUUCAGCAGAUGGAAGAAGGGCUGAAGACGGCCGACCCACAUGACUGCUCUGCUUACACUGGCUGGACAGGCAUAGCGCUGCUGUACCUGCAGCUGCACCGGGUGACAGGUGACCAGACCCACCUGCUGCGGUCCCUGGAUUACGUCAAGAGGACGCUUCGGAACCUGAGCGGCCGCAGGGUCACGUUCCUCUGCGGAGACGCGGGGCCGCUGGCCGUGGGUGCGGUGGUGUACCACAAGCUCAAGAGCGACGGCGAGUCCCAGGAGUGCAUCGCAAAACUUUUGCAGCUCCAGAAAUCCAUCGUCUGCCAAGAUUCGGACCUCCCCGAUGAGCUGCUUUAUGGCCGGGCCGGGUACCUGUACGCCCUCCUCUACCUGAACACGGAGAUUGGGCCGGGCACCGUGUCUGAGUCGGCGGUCAGAGAGGUCGUCACUGCUAUCGUUGAGUCGGGCAAGGCCCUGUCGAGGGAGGAGAGGAAGGCGGAGCGCUGCCCCCUGCUGUACCAGUGGCACCGGAAGCAGUACGUGGGGGCCGCCCACGGCAUGGCCGGCAUCUACUACAUGCUGAUGCAGCCAGCAGCAAAAGUGGACCAGGAAACGCUGGCCGAGAUGGUGAAGCCCAGCAUUGACUAUGUCCGCCACAAGCGCUUCCGCUCCGGCAAUUACCCGUCGUCCCUCAGCAACGAAACGGACCGGCUGGUCCACUGGUGCCACGGGGCCUCGGGGGUCAUCCACAUGCUCAUGCAGGCGCACAAGGUGUUCAAGGAGGAGAAGUACCUGAAGGACGCCGUGGAGUGCAGCGAUGUCAUCUGGCAGCGCGGCCUGCUGCGCAAGGGCUACGGGCUCUGCCACGGCACAGCCGGCAACGGCUACUCCUUCCUGUCCCUGUACCACCUCACCCAGGACAGGAAGCACCUCUACCGCGCCUGCAAGUUUGCAGAGUGGUGUCUGGACUACGGUGCCCACGGAUGCCGCAUCCCUGACAGGCCCUACUCCCUCUUCGAAGGCAUGGCUGGUGCGAUCCACUUUCUCUCCGACGUCCUGACCCCCGAGACAUCCCGGUUCCCGGCGUUUGAACUUAGCCCUUCGCAGACGGAUAAAAAGAUGUAAAAAGACUCCUCAGAGCCCCAUCGGGACCAAAAGCCACGAGACUGCUCGGUGCCUGACGGGAAGCCGGCCCUGUGUGCAGUGGCCCUGGACCUGGCGCCGAGUGGCCGCUCCCGUCACGCCCGUCACAGCCCCACCCCCGGCCACGCCGUCCUCACACCCAGCUCUCCGCGUUUGCAUGUCCCUGGUGUUUGCUGUGUGGGUUUCAGCUGUGCUAGGCAGAAGGCCCUCCGUGCCCUCGCGCGGAGCUGGCCCCGGGACACGUGGCAGCCCCUUCUCUGUGAGGCACUUCCCGGCGGGGCGGGCCGGGCCGGGCGGCACCAGUGCUCACACCCGCACCUCACACUGCGCCUCCGGCAGGAGGGAAGGGCGCCAGGCCCGGAAGCGGAGCCGGUGAGAAGGUUUGGCUGCAGGGGCCCAGGGCUCAGCCUUCCCUCCAGGAUUCAGUGCUCACCUCGGUGUUGUUUGUUGUUGUUGUUGUUUUAUUUUCUUUACAUCCUUACCCGAGGAUCUGUUUUGCUGGCUGAGAGAGAGAGGAGAGGUGAGGAGAGAGAUUGCCUCCCGCACGUGCCCUGACGGGGACUCGAACCUGCAGCCUUUGGAUGUACAAGAAUGACGCUCCAACCACUGAGCCACCGGCCCGGCUCACCCGGCGGUUUGAGCAGCCGCCGCCUCCCGCUCCCCUGGCCGUCUCAGCCGCGUGGCCUCGGGAGCCGGGCGGCUCCAGGUGAACCUUCCGUGGCAGCUGUGUGUCCGGGCCCAGCGUGGGCAGUCCUCGGCUCCCCGUCCGUCCGCGUUGUGUGUGUGGCUUUAAGUUCCGUGAGAAGUUCCAGAAGGCGACCGGCAGGCAGGUCUCUGUCCCGGGUCCCUGCGAUUAAACUGUCACACUUGGUCAGUUA